UCUUGCUAAAACAUUUAGCCCACCAUAAUCGCUCCCCUCAUUGACCAUCCCUCCUCCGACCUCCUUCCUCCUCGCUCGCCAUCCGAACGCCAACCGCAGGCCCUGCCCAUGGCCGCCGACCUCGAGUGGCCUUUUGGCGAGCUGCAGGGCCUCCAGGCCGACGACAUCCGCGAGACGGCGUACGAGAUAUUCUUCAUGGCAUGCCGGUCGUCGCCGGGGUUCGGGGGGGGCGCUCUGAAGUUCCAUACCGCGAUGUGGAACGAGCCCGAGCCCGAAUCCACGUCGUCCCGGACCAACGGGGUGGGGAUGGCCCCGAGCAGCCGGGUCAAGAGAGCCCUCAGGUUGAAGAUGCUGAAUCGGUCGCCCUCAAAGAAGAUGAGCACCGGCGCUGGAAGCCCGCCGAACCCCCAGGGGGCGGGGGCGGCGGCAGCUAGGCCGAAGCGGCCGCUCACGUCGGCUGAGCUGAUGAGGCAACAAAUGAGGGUGACGGAGCAAAGUGAUAAUCAGCUCAGGAAAACGCUCACGAGAACGCAUGUAGGCCAUAUCGGUAAGCGGGCGGAGACGAUAAUCCUUCCGCUCGAGCUUCUCCAUCACCUAAAACCAUCCGACUUCAGCGACUCAAAGGGAUUUCAUGCCUGGCAAAAGAGACAGCUCAAGAUCCUAGAAGCAGGGUUGCUCCUUCACCCGUCAAUCCCCUUGGGGAAAUCGAACGCGUUCGCAGACCGUCUCAGAGAAAUUAUCCAAGCCGGCGAGACGAAGAUCAUAGACAUCGGCAAGAACUCAGACACCACGAGAACCCUCAGCAAUUCCGUGGUAUCGUUGUCAUGGCGAAGCCCCAACGGGACUCCUACUGAUGUUUGCCACUGGGCUGAUGGAUUCCCUCUCAACAUUCACCUGUAUGUGAGUCUGCUGAAGUCGAUAUUUGACAUCAGGGACGAGACUUUAGUCCUCGACGAGGUCGACGAGCUUUUUGAGCUCAUGAAGAAGACAUGGUCCAUACUUGAAAUCAAUCGGCCGAUGCACAAUCUGUGCCUAACAUGGGUGUUUUUCCAGCAAUACAUCAGCACGAUGCAGUUGGAACCAGACCUUCUUUCCGCUUCGCAUGCCUUGUUGACAGAAGUAGCGAACGACGCCAAUAAGCAGGACAAAGAUGCUCUUUUCAUUAAGGUUCUACCAUUAGUUCUUACCUCGAUCCGAGGGUGGUCAGAGAAGAGAUUGGGUAACUAUCAUGACUAUUUUGAGGACGGGAGGACGAACCUGAUGGAGAAUUUGCUGCCGUUGGCAGUGACGGCGGCAAACAUCUUAGGACAUGAUGUAAUUCUUUCCAGGGUAACAGAACAAGUGAAUGGGGAUGCAGUGACGGACCCGAUGGUCAAUCACGUGGAUGGUUACAUUCGAUCCUCUGUAAAGAAUGCAUUCGCGAAGAUAGCCCAAAGUGGAUGUCAAGACCGCGAAAUGGACACGAGGGAAGAUGAGAGCGAACGACUCAUUUGGUUGGCGAAAGAGACCGAAGAUUUGGCUUUUAAAGAAAGAGGAACCUUCAGUGCUAUUCUUAAGAAGCACCAUCCCGUUGCAACCGCGGUCUCCUCCGUCACAUUGCACAGUUGUUAUGGACUGAUUCUGAAACAACAUUUGGCUUCUGCUUCGGCACUUGACAACGAAAUCGUGAAAGUGCUGGAGAGUGCAGGGAAGCUAGAAAAAGUUUUGGUACAGAUGGUGGUCGAGGACACCGUAGAAUGCGACGAUGGAGGCAAAACCAUUGUGCGGGAAAUGAUUCCGUACGAGGUUGAGUCAACCUUGUCGAGGCUUCAGCAACGAUGGAUCGAUUGGAGGCUCAAGAAAGGCAAAGAUUGUCUACAGAGAGCAACUGAAUCAGAAACUUGGAAUCCAAAAUCGAAGGCGAAUCCAUAUGCGGAAUCGGCUGAAGACUUUAUCAAGUUGGCUAAAGAAACCGUGGACGACUUCUUCGCCAUACGAAUGGAAAUUACCGAGGAUUUGGUUAAUGAUCUCGUGAACAGUUUGGAGAGUCUCUUUCAGGACUAUUCUGCAUUUGUUGCAUCAUGUGGAUCAAAGGAAAAUUACAUACCUGCUCUUCCACCGCUAACGAGACGUCGUCGAGAUUCCAAGUUUGCCAAACUCUGUAGAAAGGUGACCCCUUGCAAAGUCGGCAUAGAAGACUCGCAAGGAUGCCGGAAGAGUGAAUCUGACCAUCCUCGCCCAUCGACGAGCCGCGGGACGCAACGCCUUUACAUCCGCCUCAACACUUUGCACUAUCUCCUUGAACAUCUCCACUCCUUGGAUGAGAUGUUGUCGGUAUCUGGCCACAAACAUUUCGGCAACAAGAAGCACCAUAAUGACCGCGCUUCCUACUUUCAGAAUGCUUGUUCGGUCAUACGUGAAGCCUGCCAACAUGUCUCAGAAGUUGCUGCCUAUCGCUUGACCUUUGUUGAUUCUAGCCAUGUCUUCUACAACAGCCUCUAUGUUGGUGAAGUCGCCAGUACACGUAUAAGGCCGACUUUGCGGACAUUGAAGCAGAAUUUGAGUCUGCUUUGCGUGAUUCUCAUCGAUCAAGCACAACCAUUAGCGACAAGAGAAGUCAUGAAGGCCUCUUUCGAUGCCUACCUUAUGGUUUUGCUCGCGGGAGGGAACUCUAGGAUAUUCUACAGGUCGGAUCACCGAAUGAUCGAGGAGGACUUUGAGUGCUUGAAGCGAGCAUUUUCUGUAUCUGGGGAAGGAUUGAUGAGCGAGGACGUGGUGGCGAAGGAGGCAGAGACGGUGGAAAAGGUGAUCGCUUUGAUGAGUCAAGCGACGGACAAGCUAAUCCAAGACAUUACUGUCAUGAUCCGUAAAAAGGACGAGAUCGGAGCCGAGGAUAUGAGGAAAAACCAAUCUGUGCCUCCGACAACAGAGCAGUGGAAUGUAUCAGAUCCGAACGCGAUACUACGAGUCUUGUGCCACAGGAACGAUCAUGUGGCGAAUCGGUUCUUGAAACAAGCAUUCCAAAUAGGAAGAGACGACAGAAAAGAACGAGUACCGAUCUUAUGUUACUGAUUGCAGAACAAUCAAUAAGCAGUGGGUUAUCAUUUGGGAAAUCCGAGAGAAAAGUCUGUCCUGUUGUUGGUGAUUGCACUAGGAGGGAUUUUCCCAUUGAGACGUUGAGAUGCACAAAGGGAGAUUGGUAUGGUGUGGAGCAGUUGAUAAUCCAGUUUGCAUCGUAACUCAUUGGCUUAAGUUUUUAAGUGAAGAUGGAUCUGAUUACUUAUAUUGACAGGCUCGAACUUUGGCUCCCUCUUGAUGAUCUCCCAGCCGAAUAUAUUGAGCUUCUGCUACGUCAACCCAGUAAAUGGUAUGAUUGAUCAGCCCCUCAUUCUAUUCUGGUGUUCAAUGGAUAUCUCACGGAAGCUGUCUCACAACCAAGGCGGUCCCGAUGGCAACCUUCAUUAUCCGGACCGGGGAAAGAAUUCAGGGAUGAAGGUGGGAGUUAUUUGUUGCGGUCUUCACACACAGAUUUUGAUGCGAUAACGAGUCUAACAUCCAGCAGACAUCGAGCUUCUGCUGAAUCAACCCGAUACGAGGAUGUCGUUGUCUUUCCAGAUGAGUUUGGCGUUUUAGUAUCCAUCACAUGCAAUUCCUUUUGCUGUUUUAUCACAAUAGUUGAGUGAAGAUAGAUCAACCACUUCUGUUUAACUGACAUUAGCGAUUGAAAUAUUUUGUACAAUGAAUUGCCAGAGUUUUGAUCGUCUGAUACUGAAAGUAAUUGCGAACCUGGAGCAGUCAUUCGAAUGUCCCCUUUGAAGUCGAUAGCGUGCACACUAGCAAAGAAGAAGUCAUACCAGUACCGGCAAAUAGACUGCGUAAAGAUUGUGUCUUGAUCUUCUUCCAAGAAGUAUAAACAUAAUCAUCAUCAUCUGUGUAUAAAU